GCGGGGGCGUGCCCGAGAGGCGGGUGGGUGCCACUCAGGACUCCCUCCUCGUGCUCGGCGUGGAGACCCCCACUGCCGCCGGGAUCGCCACUGCCCCCGCCUCAGUAUUCCCGCCUCGGCCCCGGGGUGCGCCUCGCACGUUUGGAAAAAACAACAAAACAGGCUCCUGCUGCUGUUCUUGGAGCAUGGGAGGCUGCUGAGCUUACACAGCAGGGUCCAGAAGGAGCUGCGUGUCUCCCCCGUGGCAGGGAGGGCAUCCAUGGCUGCAGCCAACAAGGGCAACAAGCCCAGAGUCCGGAGUAUCCGCUUUGCAGCAGGCCAUGAUGCGGAGGGCUCCCAGAGCCACGUCCACUUCGAUGAGAAGCUGCAUGACUCGGUGGUCAUGGUCACCCAGGAGAGUGACGGCAGCUUUCUGGUUAAGGUUGGCUUCCUGAAGAUCCUGCACAGGUAUGAGAUCACCUUCACUCUGCCCUCGGUGCAAAGGCUGAGCAAGGACGUCCGAGAGGCACCUGUGCCCAGCCUGCACCUCAAGCUCCUCAGCAUCAUGCCUGUCCCAGAAGGUUACAGCGUCAAGUGUGAGUACACAGCGCACAAGGAAGGCGUCCUCAAGGAGGAGAUGCUGCUAGCCUGUGAAGGUGGCACAGGCACCUGUGUGCGAGUGGUGGUGCAGGCCCGCGUCAUGGACCGGCACCAUGGCACACCCAUGCUGCUGGAUGGAGUCAAGUGCGUGGGUGCUGAGCUAGAAUACGACUCGGAACACAGCGACUGGCACGGCUUCGACUGAGGCCCAUGCCCCCGCCCACCUUGGGGCCCCUCAGCCUUAAUCUCCACCUCAUCUCCCCAAAUGCUGCAUGAUGGUGUGGCUUCCUCAUCUGUCCCUAGGAUGGGCAUGGGGGUGGUGUGUCUAGGAGCCUCUAAGCUGGGGCCUUGCCCACGCCUCACCUCUGCCUUCAUUCAUGCCACCUCCCUGCCUCUCCUGUGUCUUCCUCUUCCCACUUCCUCCUCUCCAUGUGCCUCAGUCUCCUGCGGGAAGAAAUGGGUUGAGCCCCCAAGGAGGCUAUCUGAGGAGGGGUGGGGGAGGGGGAGGACCUAGGGUGGGUUUUACCUAUCCCUCCCCACUUGCAAGCCAUAGGAGCUCCAGCCAGGGCCUGGAGAGGAGGGAGCUGGCUGUGAUGUUGUCAUUUCCAUUACUGCUGCUGCUGUCUCAUGUAAGCCACCUCUCCUGCCUCCUCCCUCUCCCACUGCUGUCUAUGGUGAGUGGAGGGAGGUGCAGUUCCCAGCUCCUGCACCCAGGUGUAUGUCACUUGGUUUUUAAACAAUGGUUGGGAUGAAAUCCUAAAGAAAUAAAACUUUCAGUGGAUACCAGA